GUAAUACCAGCAAGUAUGAGGACCGUCGUUACAUUGUGCCUUUUGGCUGUACUUUGCACCGUCAACGCCGAUCCAACAUCGGACAUCAUGGAGAUGUUGAAACUUCAGGUGAGAAAUACAAAAUGGGCCGUGGAUAAUGUCAUACAGCAGCUCGGUCAUCUCCGUAUUCAAAUCAAAGAGGACACCCUGAUGGUCCUCAUGAAGAAAUGGGGAGAACAUAUAGAGGUCUACAGAAACUACAUCAACUUGUUAGUUAAGGCAAUGCAUGAUGAAGUAGAAGCUGCUAAGGUAAAGGGCGCUGAUGCACAGAAAUGCUACGAUGUCAAUUUUCAAGGUAUAAGUGACACUUCCGCCACAGCGCACGACGACAGUGCAAAAUGCAAAGACACCGCCGAAACUUCCAUCGAGAACAGUUUUGGAUUUAUCGAUACUCUGACCGAGACCGGAAAUACACUAAUAGGACAGUUGGAUAAUAUAUUUUUGGAGUGCCACCACAGCGACAGUCUUAGAAUGCAGAGCUGUAUCAUCGCCGAGCUAGAAGAAAUUAACAGAGCCACAGAAGCUUUCGAGACCGAUGCCAAUUCCGCCGAGAGGGUCAUUCAACCAAUAUCCAACUAUAUUAUUCUGCAGGCCGACCAAUGUUCGGACGAAAUUUACACGAUAGCGCGUUUUAACAGCGAGGAGUCCAAGUUGUCUUGCAGCAGAUGCGUCGAGAAAGCUUUGAAAGAUGUGGACGCAACUAUUUUUAAAAUUCUGUUGAUUCGAGUAAGAAAUGCGAAAUCGACCGUGGAGAAGACCGUGCGCCAGCUCGAGAAUCUCCGCAGUGAUGUCGUGCAAGAAGUCGACUUGACGGUCACAAAAAAAGUAUGGGAACUUUUGGAGAAGCACAGAGACCACGUCAAUCCAAUACUCGAUUCAAUACGUAGAGAUGUGGAAACCGCCAAGAUAAAGGGCAAAAGAGCGCAACCUUGCUACGACGCUGCUCUCAACCUUAUUAGAAAUGCCGAUCACACAGCGUACAGUAACGCUCAAGAAUGCAAGGAAGCUGCCGAAGCAUCCAUUGAGAGAAAUCUUUGCUUCAUCCACGAUCUUAUCCUGACCGGGCAGAAGCUGAUAACGGAACUGGACAACAUUUUUCCAAAAUGCUACGAAAGCAUCUCAGGAAUCUCGGACAUUCUCAAACUGCGGAGGUGCAUCAUUAAUGAGCUCGGCAUCGUGACGAAUUACAAAGAGGGAGCUUUCGCUCUUUGCUUCAAGAGCAAGUAUUUCCCAGGCGAGUGCGUAGCCACGAGGCGGGGAUCGCCGCUUCUCGUCGGCAUCAAGACGAAGACGAGACUGGCCACCGAUCACGUGCCUAUCCUAUACGGAAAAGACCAUCGCCCGCACGGCAGGAACCCGGAACUUCCGGUAAUGCCACGUAGCGAGAGUACGUCCGAAUUUCAACCCCUUGAGGAUAAGGAAGUCGAAUAUUUCUUCGCUUCUGAUGCGAGUGCCAUAAUUGAGCAUACAAAUCGUGUGAUAUUUCUGGAGGACGAUGAUGUAGCGGCCGUCAAGGAAGGCGCACUCAGCAUUCAUCGUCUUCGUCGUUGCAUGGACGAUCCUCACGCUCGCGAGAUCACAACACUGAAGAUGGAGAUUCAGCAGAUCAUGAAGGGCAAUUACGAUUACUUCAUGCAGAAGGAAAUCUUCGAGCAGCCCGAGUCGGUGGUAAACACUAUGAGAGGACGCUUAAAUUUCCAAGAUAAUUCCGUCACCUUGGGCGGUAUCAAGGAUUACAUUCCAGAAAUUAAGAGAUGCAGGCGACUCAUGCUGAUUGGCUGCGGCACGAGCUACCAUUCUGCUAUAGCGACACGACAGCUUCUCGAGGAAUUGACAGAAUUGCCGGUGAUGGUCGAGCUGGCGUCUGACUUCUUGGAUCGCAACACGCCAGUCUUUAGGGAUGAUGUCUGUUUCUUCAUUUCUCAAUCAGGCGAGACAGCUGACACAUUAAUGGCAUUGCGCUAUUGUAAAAGCCGUGGCGCACUUAUUGUGGGUAUAACUAACACGGUCGGUAGCAGCAUUUGUCGCGAAUCCCAUUGCGGUGUGCACAUUAACGCUGGUCCCGAGAUUGGUGUGGCGAGUACCAAGGCUUAUACAUCGCAAUUCAUUUCGCUCGUGAUGUUUGCGUUGGUAAUGAGCGAGGACAGAAUCUCUCUUCGCGCGAGACGCCUUCAGAUCAUCGAAGGCUUGAAAAACCUGGAUAAUCUCAUUCGCGAAGUACUGAAGCUCGACGAUAAAGUGAAGGAGCUGGCAAAAUCGCUGUUUCAACACAAGUCUUUGCUGAUUAUGGGUCGCGGCUACAAUUUCGCAACGUGUAUGGAAGGUGCACUUAAAGUAAAGGAAUUAACAUACAUGCACAGCGAAGGCAUCAUGGCCGGUGAAUUGAAGCAUGGCCCGUUAGCCCUCGUUGAUGAUUCCAUGCCGGUCAUUAUGAUCGUGAUGAGAGAUCCGGUAUAUGUGAAAUGCAUGAACGCGCUGCAGCAAGUCACCGCGCGAGAUGGCAAACCGAUCGUCAUCUGCGAGGAAGGCGACGAGGAGACGAAAGCAUUCGCCGACAGGGCACUCGAAAUACCUAAAACCGUCGACUGCCUGCAAGGAAUUCUCACCGUCAUUCCCAUGCAGCUGCUCUCCUUCCACAUCGCGGUUUUGCGCGGUUGCAACGUCGAUUGCCCGAGAAACCUGGCAAAGUCGGUCACAGUCGAGUAAGAUCGAACCACGACUGGAUCACGAUUGGAUCAAUUCUUGCCUAUGAGUACACCUUUUCGGAACGUGUUUCGUGACGGCGAUCCCGUCAGCACUGUCAUGAGAUUCUCUCGAUCUCUACGAGGAUCGAUGAAUUCUCGAGAAAGGAAAAAUUAUCAUCGGCGUGAUUUGUGUUCCGCGAUUAAGGCAAGCGGCGUCAGUAUUCCCCGUCUUUUAAAUCUUGUUCAGUUGAUUUAACGCAGUCAUAUUCCACAUGAUUUAGAUUUGACGAUGCCUAAUAAUCAUUUCGAAUGCAAGAAAACUAUGAGAUUACGAGAAGGACUAUAAGACAUUUCCGUUUUUUUUUUAUUGUAAACGAUACGUUCAUCGGUGCUGCAAAGUAUUCGAGAGAUAACGGAUCGCAUUAAGAACAACUCAUUUUUUGCAAUAAGCGUCACAUGAUAAGAGUGAUAGUGAAUGUCCCUCAUCUGUAAAAAUGAUAUAUUUCGUAACAUGUACAAUUCCAUUGCAUUUAUUCGUAUUUUUAUUUGCACAACAUAGCGUCUAUAUAAUCUAAAAACUUAAUCGCACCAAUAAAUUGCUGCUUCUCGUUUGAUGAGAUACAAUGUGAUUUUUGAUCGAUCGAGCUGACGAAGACUGUGUUAGAAAUUUUCAUACGUGUCUGACAAUGAUCACGGAUUUUAUCCGUGAUAUUUCUGGGGAUCAUGCAUUGAUACUGUAUGCGUACGUGAGAUUCGCUGAAAUGACAUCUUUGUACGCAAGAUGCUUUUCAUUCUUUGUACGAAAAACUAUACAUUCAAUUAGUGGUUAUUGUAUCAUACGCAGGUAUAUAGUUAUUAUGGGAUACUAUAUACGUUUUUUUGAUAAAUUUAUCUCGCAUACGAUGCUUUGUAAAAUUAAUCAAAAUAUAUAGGAUAACAAUUUCA